GCGGGCCGGCCGCACUUAUUGCAGGCGAGCGGCGGAGCUGGCGCGGAGCGUUACCGGCCGGCAGCGCACGGCCGCCAUGGGGCGGUACUCGGGCAAGACGUGCCGCCUCAUCUUCAUGCUGGUGCUCACCGUCGGCUUCUUCGUGGCCGAGCUGGUGUCCGGAUACCUGGGCAACUCCAUCGCGCUGGUGUCCGACUCCUUCAACAUGCUCUCGGAUCUCAUCUCCCUCUGCGUGGGGCUCUCCACCGGGCGCAUUGCCCGCCGCAGCCGCCGCGGUCCCCGCGCCACCUACGGCUACAGCCGCGCCGAGGCGGUGGGAGCGCUCAGCAACGCCGUCUUCCUCACCGCCCUCUGCUUCACCAUCCUCGUGGACUCCGUCCUGCGCCUCGCCCGGCCCGAGCCCAUCGACGACGCCCAGCUGGUGCUCAUCGUCGGCACCCUCGGCCUCGCCGUCAACGUCGUGGGGCUCCUCGUCUUCCAGGACUGGGGCGCCUGCUGUCGUAGGCGACGCCCGUCCCCCACUCCGCCCGCGGCCGCCGCGCUGCGGGACGUGCCCGGUGGCAUCCCGAACGGCGAGGAAGAUGAAGCAGGUGAUUCACCAAACGACCAAAAGAGCCCUGAAGAGGGGUUUGAGCAGAAAAAAGAGAAAAAGUCUGAAGCUUUGAACAUCAGAGGUGUUCUUUUGCAUGUUAUGGGAGAUGCACUUGGAUCUGUGGUCGUGGUAGUUACUGCUACUAUCUUCUAUGUACGUCCUCUGGAGGAUGCUACGUGUAAUUGGCAGUGCUACAUUGAUCCAAGCCUGACAAUAGUUAUGGUGGUCAUCAUCUUGUCUUCUGCAUUCCCACUUAUAAAGGAGACCUCAACUAUUUUGUUGCAGAUGGUCCCCAAAGGUGUUGAUAUGCAACUACUGACUGGCAGACUAGCUUGUGUCCCAGGGGUGAGCAGCCUCCAUGAGGUGCACGUCUGGGAGCUUGCAAGUGGGAGGAACAUCGCCACUCUUCAUAUCAAGUGCCAAACCCCUUCUGAUUACCAAGGUGCUGCUUACCAAAUACGGAAGGUUUUCCACGAGGCAGGAGUCCAUUCCGUGACCAUCCAGCCCGAGUAUGCCAACCACAAGACCUCACAUCUACUGUGCAGCUCACCCUGCAUCUCAAAAGCCUGUGACUCUCAUCUGUGCUGCAGCCAGAGGGAGCCCCCCCGGGCUGAAACGAAUGGCUACGUGGAGAAAAGUGAAAGCUCCCUUUCUGCACAGCACAAAGACAAUGGUUCAAGGAAAAGUGACAUUGAAAUCCCUAUGGAGGACCCAGUGACAGAGGAGAGUGUGAAAAGCAUGAAAAAUAGUGAUGUGUCUGAUGACAAAUCACAGUCGGGUAGUACACGAUUUUAGGCAACUAGCUCUGCUCUGUGUCGUGCUCUUAUGGAGCAAACAUAUCCUGGCUGGGAAGGGGGGCAUCAGUGGUUGUAGCUGAAGUUGGUGUGGCAAAAGAUUUCUGUGCUUUAGCUGUAAACCAAAAUACGCCUAAGACCCCCUUGUACCUGAAAUAAGGAUUAAGAUUUCCACCGAGGCCGUUGCAUUCAUGUGAUUUUUGUGAUGCAACCGUACCCAGUUCUUUACCAAACUAAGGCUGAAUUCCUACUGUUAGAGUGGAUGGGGUAUGUCGCUCUCUGUCUGCACUGAUGUUUGCAGUUCAUGGCCAGUAGCACUGGGAAAGAACCUCUGGCCUUGCCUGCUGGAGCGAGCUGUUUCUUGAAAGCCCUGUGGCCAGUUAAUGAUUGAACUGGGCUGAGGUACUGUAUAUUUAUAAAGGACUUCAGUAGAGAUGCUUUACUGAGCCUUAGACCCCAUUUUUGCAUGGACAGUUCAUUUUUAACAGUAACAAUUAUGGCCAGUGGAGUUUGUGAAUGAAAUUAAGAGUGUCUAAGGGGAAGCACUCAGGAAUUUUGACUUGUGUUAUUUUCUUGAUUGACUCCUGUAUUUAGGAGCAGAGCAGAAGCUGGUCUUGCUUCUCUACAAGUAAUACUGGAGUCCCAGCCUAAUCACAGAUGAGUGUGCUAAGGAAUAGACUGCUUGUCAUGAAAGUAAAUAAGUACCUACUAAUGUUGUCUGUACUGAUUCUAACAAAUGGAAAUGCAGGCAGUCAUCCAAUUAACUUUUAUCUUUUUCACUGUUGUGAUUGUUCAACUCAGUCUUUUAAAAUUCUUAUUAGCCUUCUCCUGAUAACACAAGUUCUAAGAGCCAUGGUCUUAUUUCAUCAUUGUGCAGGAUAGUUGCAUUAUUUUUAACAAUGAGUCUGUCAUUAUUCAUGCUGAAUAAAUAAGCUAAUGUGUUUAUUACAAACAGUUGAAAUUCUGCAAUUCUAUUAUUAAGGCAUAAUUUAAUAUUGUAUUAAUUAAGGAAGCACCUUUAAAGUCUUGUAUGCAGUAUUAUCACUUAGAAGGAGCUUGGAAGAAAUUAAACCAGGAAAUUUUUCCUGAUUUAGUCUCAAUCAUUUUUUGUUGGCUGGUUUUAAAGGUCUUGAUGCCUUGAACCCUACCCUCUGCCUUGGCCCUCCUCCCCCUGCCCAAACGUGUAUCUCAAAGUGUAUUUAGUGGAGCAGUUCUCUACCUUUUUUACUCCUUGCUCUUUUUGAAGGUAUGUGAGGGUGCUCUAAGGAAAACAAGGUGAUGAGCCCUGUCACCAGUGCUGGAUUUCAGUCAAGUGUGUUCCACAGUUUUCUGUGAGGGGAAACCCACUACUCAAUCCACACUGAGUCUAGUGCUUGGUCUCCCUGGCUAUGCAGAUCAAAUCCAGAAGACUGCAAAUAUAUUUUACUGACAAAAGCAGCCUUCCAAUGGUCUGUGUGGCCUGGACAGGCUAUUUUAUCAAUUUUUUCAUAGGGACACCUUUGUAAAAUAGUGGUGUCUUUACCCUAGUGACAUCUUAACAGAAAGGGCAAAUUGAUUUCCUGCCUGGGCUGGGAAAAUACCAGGACCUCCUUGUAAGGAUGGCUUAAAAGCAGCCAACUCCUAUUAAUAAAAGAUGAUUGCAAUAAUUCAAUGAAUAUUGAAACACACAGCAGGAUAUUUUACUGCUUGGAAUGUAGUAUUUACUGAAGUAGUGAUUUCAGUCUAACUAGAACAUUUCUAGAAUUAUAAUUGCCCCUUUAAAACUGAUUUUUGGAUGAAUUAAGAUAUUUUAUACCAUUUCAUUGUAAGUUUGUAUCAUAUAAAUUCACCUAUUUGUUAAUAUGAUUAAGAGCUUGAUCCUCCAGCCUCUUUGAUUCCGUUGACAGAACCAGGAUCUUGGCAGUUAUUGCACGAGUUAAUGCAAAUCAGGAAACAUUGUAAGAAUUGCUCUGUCUUUUAAAAGCGUGUGCCAUGAAGUAAGACAGCCCUUUCUUCUGUUCUUUUUUUUUUUUACCCUCUUUAUUUUCAUCUACGAUGAUGCUUAGAUGUAAAUAACAAAUGUAUUUAUUGUGUUUUUGAGAACUGGAAUAGAAUAUCUCCCAAAAUAACAACAGAGAACUUUCUUCCCAGAUAUCCUCUAAAACAAGCACCCUUUCAUAAUUUAUUUGUAUCUUAAAUCAGGUUGUUUGAUUUAUAUAUAUAUAUAUACAUAUUUUAUUAAAUGGUUGAGAGCUGGAAUUGCAGCAUUUACUCUGGGAUUAAAUAAAACUAGUAUAUGUGAUGUUUGGGCAUUUGUCAAAAUCGACAAUUUUUAUUCUUCCAGUGUUAAAACUGUGGCUAUGUAUUUUUUAAAACUUUUAAAAGUGUUGUAACCUGAAAAUACAAUGAAAUAACAUUCUUAAACUUUG